CACUUCCCUCCGUGGCCCUGCUCUGAACUGGCGGUUUUUCCCAGCUCCUUGCCCAGGCCAAUCCCUCCAUGCUGUCUUCAAGCCCUGCUUCCUGCACAUCUCCCAGCCCAGACGGGGAGAACCCAUGUAAGAAGGUCCACUGGGCUUCUGGGAGGAGGAGGACAUCAUCCACAGACUCAGAGUCCAAGUCCCACCCAGACUCCUCCAAGAUACCCAGGUCCCGGAGACCCAGCCGCCUGACAGUGAAGUAUGACCGGGGCCAGCUCCAGCGCUGGCUGGAGAUGGAGCAAUGGGUGGAUGCUCAGGUUCAGGAACUCUUCCAGGAUCAAGCAACCCCUUCUGAGCCUGAGAUUGACCUGGAGGCUCUCAUGGAUCUAUCCACAGAGGAGCAGAAGACUCAGCUGGAGGCCAUUCUUGGGAGCUGCCCUCGCCCCACAGAGGCUUUUAUCUCUGAGCUGCUCAGUCAACUCAAGAAACUCCAGAGACUCAGCCGGCCUCAGAAAUAAGCCUGAAAGACCAUCUUUAGCAGCCUCAGCACUGCCAGGCCUGCCCUGAAACUCCAGAUCCUGGCUAAGAGGGAAAUAGCUCCUUGGGACACAAACCAGAAAUGUGAACAAGGAGGGACAUUUGCAUGCUCCUACUGUCUGUGCGGUCACAACUAGUUUCUGUCAGCUGGGCUCUCUGGGAGAGAGCUGGCUGUUGUCUAAUGCCUUCCUUGGCAGCCAAGUGGAUAAAACCUUUAGGAGCCC